UCUCCUUGGAAAAAUGAACAGUCUACAGUGGAUUGCUUCUUACAUCUUACUUUGGUGCUCAUAUACAGUGUGUACAAGAAGCAAAACCAUUGGUCUCAUCCACUCUGGGUACCACUACGAAUCUCAUAGUGAACAAAAUAUGUUUCGUCACAAAGGUUUGUUGUCGGAAAACAAAGAGAGGAUUCUGAGUCUCAACCCAAUGACAAGAAAUACUUUUUACAACAAGACAAAUGCAAAGAUGCAGUCAACUGCUUUCAAACAUGUGGAAGACUUCCAACAGAUAUCUUCAGAUGCUUUCAUUGUUAACGUGGAUCGUUACAGCAACUGGUCGAAUUGGUCCAAGUGUGAGCGACACAAGUGUUUUCAGAAGCGCUAUCGAGAGUGCGUCGACGAUUCCUGGAUGGAAAUUAAUCGCAAUACAUACGGGAAAGCAAAAUGUACGACUAGAUUAUAUAUGGAAGUACGCACGUGCCAAAAUAUGGCGCAGUGUACCCCACCUGAAAUGCUGGCAAAUUGUGGCGUUCGACCGGAGGAUGUGGGAGCCGCAGCAAACGGACGGGUUCUUUCAAGCACGAAGCCAAUCCUUUGGCCUUGGGCCAUACAGUCCACCGUAUUCAAACAUGUGCUGGAAGAAUUUCAACACAUAUCUUCAGAAGCUUUCAUUGUCAACCUGGAUCGCUAUAGCAUCUGCUCCAAGUGGUCCAAGUGUGAGCGACACAAGUGUGUUCAAAAUCGUUAUCGAGAGUGCGUCGACGAUCGUUGGAUGAAAAUUACUCGCAAUAAAUACGGGAAAACAAACUGCACGACUAGGUUAAAAAUGGAAGUACGCACGUGCCAAAAUAUGGUGCAAUGUACCCCACCUGCAUUGCUAGCAAACUGUAGUGUUCGACCAGAAGAUAUGGGAGCCGCAGCAAGUCCACUGGUUCGUUCAAGCAUCAAGCCAAUCAUUUGGCCGUGGGUUGUUCGUUUGUCGAUACCAUCGACAGUAGAGAGCCAAGAAAUCUUGUGCGGUGGAACGUUAAUUGGUCCUCAGUGGAUUGUCACCGCUGCGCAUUGCGUCACCGAAUGGAUGGAUAAGAACUCGCUUAUGGAACCGAAAGAGGACGCCGAAGUUGAUGAUGACUCUAUAUCUGCAUUUGUGGGUGACCUUGACAUCCAAACGGGAGAAGAGUAUUUUCAGGUAUACGUGAUACAAAGGGUAAUCUUGCACCCGGCUUUUCAACCGGGUAGAGAGAACAACGGUGCCGACAUCGCAUUGCUGUACAUGAAAGAGCCAGUUGCAGAUUGUAAGUCUCAACUUGAUUUGAAUUCAUCAUGA